GAAUCCCAGCCCUCCCCUCUGGCUCUCUUGGCCGCCACCUGCAGCAGGAUCGAGUCUCCCAACGAAAAUUCCAACAGUUCCCAGGGCCAGCAGGGUGGGAACAGCGAGCUGGACCUCACAGCUGCUGCAGCCCAGAUUGCUCAGUCUGCCAACGGGUGGCAAAUCAUCUCCACGGGUUCCAGCACCCCCACAGCUUCCAAGGAACAGGGAAGCAACGGGAACAGCAACGGCGGAGACGCCUCCAAGAGCCGCCCGGUGAGCGCGGGGCCCUACGUGGUCACCACGGCUUCCAACCUCCAGAACCAGCAGGUUCUGACUGGUCUGCCAGGAGUUCUUCCCAAUAUCCAGUACCAAGUCAUUCCCCAAUUCCAAACCAUCGACGGGCAGCAGCUCCAGUUUGCUACCACCCCUGCCCAAGUGCAGCAAGAUGCUUCAGGGCAGCUCCAGAUCAUCCCUGGUACCAACCAGCAGAUCAUCACGAGCCGAGCGGGGACCAGUAACCUCAUUGCCAUGCCCAACCUGCUCCAACAAGCUGUCCCCAUCCAAGGGGUGGGCUUGGCCAACAACAGCCUCUCUGGGCAAGCCCAGUACGUGGCCAAUGUCCCCGUGGCCCUCAAUGGCAACAUCACCUUGCUGCCUGUCAACAGCGUGGCCACCAGCCUGACCCCCACCUCCCAGACGGUGACACUGAGCGGCUCGGGCAGCUCCCAGCCUGUCACCUCGGGCUCUGCCAGCAGUUCCACCACCACAGCCACUUCUCAAGCCAGUUCUGGGGCUUUUUUUACCAACGCCAACAGUUACUCCACCACCACCACCACCAGUAACGUGGGCAUCAUGAAUUUUUCCACCAGUUCCACGGUGGGAACCAACGUCCAGGCACAGACACCCCAGAGGGUCAGUGGGGUCCAGAGCUCAGACUCUUUGCAGAGCCAAGUUUCUGGGGUGGCUUUGCAACCAGGUCAGCAGAAAGAAGGGGAUCAGGCUCAGCAAUCCCAACAGCAACAAAUCCUGAUCCAAUCACAACUUGUCCAAGGAGGGCAGACAAUCCAAGCCCUCCAAACCACCUCGAUCUCUGGCCAGACCUUUGCCACUCAAGCCAUCUCCCAGGAUGCCCUCCAGAACCUUCAACUUCAAGCUGUCCCAAACUCCGGGCCCAUCAUCAUCCGAACACCCACGGUUGGGCCCAACGGGCAGGUGAGCUGGCAGACCAUCCAGCUCCAGAACCUUCAAGUUCAGAACCCCCAGGCCCAGACAAUCACCCUGGCCCCCAUGCAGGGAGUCUCUUUGGGGCAGAGCACCAGCACCAGCACCACCCUCACCCCCAUCGCCUCCCUCCCCAGCGGCACCGUCACCGUCAACGCCGCCCAACUCUCCUCCGUGCCAGGCCUCCAGACUAUUAACCUCAGUGCCUUGGGAGCUUCUGGAAUCCAGGUCCAUCAGCUCCAAGGGUUGCCACUGGCCAUAGCAAACACCACAGGUGACCACGGGACUCAACUGGGUCUCCACGGGACGAGUGGAGAUGGGUUGGGAGAUGAGAACACGGCUGUGGAGGAAGGAGACACCAGCCCAGACCCUCAGCCCCAGCAGGGCCGGAAGACGCGGCGGGAAGCGUGUACCUGCCCCUACUGCAAGGACAGCGAGGGAAGAAGCUCUGGGGAUCCAGGGAAAAAAAAGCAACACAUCUGCCACAUCCCGGGUUGUGGGAAGGUCUAUGGCAAGACCUCCCACCUGAGGGCCCACCUGAGGUGGCACACGGGGGAAAGACCCUUCGUCUGCACCUGGAUCCUCUGCGGGAAACGCUUCACCCGGAGCGACGAGCUGCAGCGGCACAAGCGCACGCACACGGGUGAGAAGAAAUUUGUUUUCCCAGAAUGUCCCAAACGCUUCAUGAGAAGCGACCACCUCUCCAAGCACAUCAAGACCCACCAGAACAAGAAGGGAGGCACGGCCACCAACGUGACCAUGAACGUCCCCAUGGACACGGGGGCUUCAGGGGAUGGCAACGGUGGGGCCACCCCUUCUGCCCUCAUUGCCACCAACAUGGUGGCCAUGGAAGCCAUUUGCCCCGAGGGCAUCGCCCGCUUGGCCAGCAGCGGCAUCAACGUCAUGCAAGUGGCCGACCUGCAGUCCAUCAACAUCAGUGGCAACGGCUUCUGA